ACGGUGAAGCGGCUGCGGCUGUCCAAGGCGCUGACGAUGCCGGAGAGCACGACCGUGCUGGAGGCUUGCCGGCGCAUGGCGGCGCGUAGGGUCGACGCGGCGCUCCUCACCGACUCCAAUGCCUUGCUCCGCGGCAUCCUGACCGACAAGGACAUUGCUACGAGGGUGAUCGCCCGCGAGGUCAGGAUGGACGAGACGCCGGUGUGGAAGGUGAUGACGAGGCAUCCGGUCUUCGUCCUCUCCGACACGCUUGCCGUCGAGGCGCUGCAGAAGAUGGUCCAAGGCAAGUUCAGGCACCUGCCGGUGGUGGAGAACGGGGAGGUGAUGGCCAUGCUCGACAUCGCCAAGUGCCUCUACGACGCCAUCGCCAGGAUGGAGCGGGCGUCCGAGAAGGGGAAGGCGGUGAUCGACGGCACCGACAAGUAUCACUCUGGGAGUAACCCGAGCUCGUUGCUAGAGGCUUUCAAGGAGCAAAUGUUGAGGCCAUCCUUGUCGACAAUAAUCACUGCUGACUCAACGGUUGUGAUCGCAGCGCCGGGCGAUUCGGUGCUCGCGGCGACCAAGAUGAUGGUGGAGGCGCAUGCGAGCUCUGCCGUCGUGGCCGUCGGGAACAAACCUCGGGGCAUCCUCACUUCUAGGGACAUCUUGAUGAGAAUGAUCGCGAGGAAUCUCCCCGCAGACUCAACCCCUGUUGAGAAGGUCAUGACUCUAGAUCCGGAAUGCGCGACGGUCGACACGCCGAUUCUGGAUGCUCUCCGGACAAUGCAAGAGCGCAAGUUCUUGCAUCUUCCCGUGAUGGACAGAGAUGGUUCCAUCGUGUGUAUCGUCGACGUGAUCGACAUCACGCAUGCCGCCAUCUCCAUCGUUGAGAGCAGCGGCACCGGGGACGAGGCGACAAUCUCGAUGAUCCAGAGGUUCUGGGACUCCGCCAUGGCCUUGGGCUCGCUGGAUGACGAGACCGAAACCCAGUCUCUGAUGAGCGACGCGACCAGGUCCCAGUUUCUUUUAGAGAAGGAGGCGACCAGGUCCCAGUUUCUUUUAGAGAAGGAAGCGACCAGGUCCCAGAUGAUGUCCGAAGUCAUCCACGAGGCGGCCGAGCCGCCGUACCCCGCUCUCUUCUCCUUCAAGCUCCAGGACAGGCGAGGCCGGAUGCACCGCUUCAGCUGCGAGGUGCAGAGCUUGACGCCGCUGGUCACCUGCAUACUCCAGAGGCUCGGCACCGACAUCGACCGCCACCGUCUGCCUCAGAUCUUGUACGAAGACGAAGACCGGGACAUGGUGGUGCUGGCGUCGGACGACGACCUUACGGCGGCGGUCGACCACGCCAGGCUCUCCGGAUGGAAGGGUUUGAAGCUCUUCUUGGAUUACUCUGGCACACCGGGCCGGAGAAGCCUGGCCUCUAGCAACGGAACGACGACGAUGGACCUGGCCAGCCGGGAAGCGUGGUCGGCGGCCUACGGCGGCGUCGCGGCCGGGGCUGCCCUGGUCACCGGCCUCGGGGUAAUGGUCUACCUGCGAAGAGCCGGCUAG